UCAUUGACCUAUCAUUUAUGACCACAACCAAAAUAUUUGGUCAUACAUAGAAUCUAUGUUAUUACCAGAAUGUUUUGUAAUUAGAAAAAUGGAAAAAGUAUUGCGCAUGUUUGUUGUUGGAAGGUGUUGGUAUGUUUGAGAGUGAAGGAAGAUGGUUUCCCAGAAGAGGCCUUACACAGUACCCACUCUCUUCUUCCUCGCAUUGUUCCUCAUUUCUGUCAUCGUCUUCUUCUCCACCAGAACCACUCUUCACACCGCUUCCCCCAUUCACCCAGAUCUUUACCUCCGCGUCCAACCUGUUUCCCCUCCUCCUCCUCCACCACCACCACCUCCGCCUCCACCCUCCUCCCCUGCCACCACUCAAACCCUCACCGUCGGUUACACUGACAACGUCACCGACGCUGAAUCUGAUGUCCAACCGGUAACGGAAGUAAAUGAAACUGUUGCCGAUUCCGUCGGUUACACUGCCAAUGUCACCGACGCUGAAUCUGAUGCCCAACCGGUAACGGAAGUAAAUGAAACUGUUGCCGAUUCCGUCGGUUACACUGCCAAUGUCACCGACGCUGAAUCUGAUGCCCAACCGGUAACGGAAGUAAAUGAAACUGUUGGCAAUUCCGUCGGUUACACUGUCAAUGUUACCGACGCUGAAUCUGAUGCCCAACCGGUAACGGAGGUAAAGGAAACUGUUGGUGACGAUGCGGUGUUGAAUGUGAAGGAGUGCGAUUUGUUCACGGGAACGUGGGUGAGGGAUGAUAACUACCCGAUUUACCAACCGGGUUCGUGCCCUUACGUGGACGAGGCUUAUGACUGCAAAGCUAACGGAAGGACCGACACGCUCUACACCAAAUGGCGCUGGAAACCGGAUGCCUGUGAUCUUCCCAGGUUUAAUGCCACAGACUUCCUUGUAAGAUUGAAAGGUAAACGACUAAUGCUUGUUGGAGAUUCUAUGAACCGGAACCAAUUUGAGUCCAUUCUGUGUGUACUACGUGAAGGCCUGCAAAAUAAGAGCAGAAUGUACGAGAUACAUGGACACAAAAUAACAAAAGGAAGAGGCUACUUUGUUUUUAAAUUUGUGGACUAUAAUAUCUCGGUGAUAUUUGUGAGAUCUCAUUUCCUUGUAAAGGAAGGAAUUCGUCUUAAUUCACAAGGGAGCUCAAAUCCUACAUUGUCAAUAGAUCGGAUUGACAAGACAUCUGGUCGUUGGAAGAAGGCUGAUAUUCUUGUCUUCAAUACCGGACACUGGUGGACUCAUGGAAAAACUGCUCGAGGGAUAAAUUACUAUAAAGAAGGUGAUUAUCUGUAUCCAAAAUUUGAUGCAGUGGAGGCUUACAAAAAGGCUAUGGAGACCUGGGGAAAGUGGAUCGAUCGUAAUAUCAAUCCGCGUAAACAAAUUGUCUACUAUCGCGGAUAUUCUAAUGCCCAUUUCAGGGGUGGAGACUGGGACUCAGGUGGAUCAUGCAACGGUGAAACUGAACCAGCUUUUAAUGGUUCCAUCCUGAACAACUAUCCUUUGAAAAUGAAGAUAGUGGAGGAAGUGAUCCAGGGAAUGAAGUUUCCAGUAAAGUUAUUAAAUAUCACAAAACUGACCAAUUUUAGGAAGGAUGGCCAUCCAUCUGUCUAUGGCAAGGUUAACUUGGAUGGCAAGAAAGUCUCUACAAGGAAGCAAGACUGCAGCCAUUGGUGUCUUCCCGGGGUCCCUGAUGCAUGGAAUGAGUUAAUUUAUGCCACUCUGGUUUUUCAACAAACAAAAUCAAGGUAUUGACUUACAUUAUUCUUCUUUCUAGGAGUUUACUUUUUUUAUGCGGCAAAGAAGGGAGAACAAAAGAGAAAACGGAACUUCUUUGGCCUUGGCUUUCAUUUAGGAGGUCACCGAAAGCAAUGGAACUUGUUCCCCCUGUGGUAGUACCCUUUUGGGAAUUAUCAUGAGUUAGUUAUUCGGUAGCAUGGAAAACUGUACUUUAUUGCACAGAAUCAAGUAAGAAAUUAGUAUAAAAAUUAGUGAUGUUAUUGUGGGAUUAUUCUCUCGAGUGUACUGAAUGGUAUAUAGUAAACACAGCAUUGAAAAUA